AUGAGGGUUCUCCGCGGCGCUGCCGCCUACUGCGCCCCGGUUCUGCUGGCUUGGGCCGUCGUCCCCUCAGCCGCAGCCCCUUUCGAGGGGGAGCACCGCCAUGGAAGGAGAGGGCCGGAGUCGGUGCGGGCCUCGGGGGCGCACACGGGGCCACCAGCGCUCGGCAUCAAGGUGGCAGCAGACGCGUCCGGCUCGUGCAACACGCCCUCCAACAGGUCGUGCUGGGUGCUGGACCCGAGCUUCGACAUACACACAGACUGGGCCGUCAGGUUUCCUGAGACGGGGGUGGUGAGACAGUAUGACUUCACAAUAACAGAGGUAGACAAUUUCGUGGGUGGGGAUGGCCAGGUGAAGAAGAAGGCGAUGCUCAUAAACGGCCAGUUCCCAGGGCCAACAAUAGAAGCAGACUGGGGCGACAGGAUACGGAUAAAUGUGGUGAUGGACUCGCGCUGCGUGGACCUCCGCGACCUGACGCCCAUCGUGCAGCGCGAGGUGCCGCUGGAGCUCUUCGAGCCGGGGAGACAGUCGUCGCUCGACCUGGAGAUGAAGGUGGUGGAGGGCAAGGCGGCGCGCGUGUUUUGGACCGUCAACAGGUCGCCCAUCAACGUGUCGUGGAACGAGCCGACGCUGUCGCGGAUCGGGGCGGCCGGCGCCCUCGAGGGGGCUGGCACGUCGGCGAACGUAGUCAAGAUCCCGACGGCAGACAGUUGGAGCUUCUGGGUCAUCCAGAACGUAUCACCCAUCCCUCACCCGAUGCAUCUGCAUGGACACGACCUCGUGCUGGUCGGGCAGUCCCAGCCGCCGGCGGACCCCAUGUCGGCGGGGGCGCGGCCGCGGGCGUACGACGACUCGACAGACCGAGCGACGCUGACGCCCAACAACCCGACGGCGCGACACAACCAUGCUGCCGGCCCUGGGCUGGAUCGUGCUCGCCUUCGAGACCAACAACCCGGGCGCCUGGCUGUUCCACUGCCACCUCGCCUGGCACGUGUCGCAGGGCCCGAGCGUCCAGUACCUCGAGCGGCCCGGCGAGAUUGCGGGCGCCAUGGACCUCGGCGCGACGGAGCGCAACUGCGAGGCCUGGCGCGCGUUUUACCCGCAGAGGGCCCAGUUCAGGCAGCACGACUCGGGCAUCUGACGUGA